AUGUUGACCCGGUGGGUCGGACGGGUCCACUUGAAGUCCGCAGUGAGCAGCACGCAGUGCUCCAGAAGACGGUGCUGUACAGCCCGCACCGAGGGUUUGGACCAGGUUCGGGCGCUCCUGCAGCUCUGCACGGACAGACAUUUCAUUGCCCACGGGGAGAGCAACAGGGAGCUGUUCCUUUGCGGCUGCAGCUGCUCCUACGGGCCUCUGGGCGUGGAGCUGAGGAGCAACGUGCUGCAGCAGUGGUGGCGCGCGGUCACCGGCUCCACAGCUCAGGUGUGGGGCAUCCAGACCCUGAGCAGCAGCCAGCAGAGGGACGCCUGUGGACCUCGGCUGGUUGAGUUUGAACAUCUCCAACAAAUGUUGAUGCAAAGCGAUGUGAGCAGAGAGCAGCUGGUCCAGGAGCUGCAGAGGUCCCCGUCUGUGAGACGCAACCUUCUUCAAGGUGCUUUGCAGCAGUUCGUCCCCUCCCUGGAGCUGGUGAACAGGAGGCUUCCCUUUGGCCUGGCAGAGACGGGGCUGUGCUUCCAGCCUUCGGAGCGCUCUGGUUGCUCAGCGGAGGUCACCCAGACAUCUCUAGUGUGGUUCUGCUCUCCCCGCUCCUCCUCCCAGUGGCUGGACCACUGGGCUCGACAGAGGCUCAAGUGGUGGCGGAAGUUUGCCUUGUCCCCGUCUGACUUCAGCAGCAGCGAGGUUCCAGAGGGCGAGCUGGAGGAGGCAGCAUCCCGAGGGGUGAAGAUCCUCUACAACUUUCCGUGGGGGCCUGAGUCUCUGGAGACGCUGUGGUGUCGAGGAGACGCCGAGCUGCUACACACACAUGGAGCGGUCCGCUCCAAGCUGCAGUACCGUGACGGUCGGAAGUCAGUUCCUCAUGUCGUCUCUGUUGGCGGGAACAUCGACCGGGGCAUGAUGGCUUUUCUGUCCAACUCAUUUCAGCAGCUCAAGAGUGAAGAAGGCAAAAAGAAGCUGCAGCAGAGAAAGGUUCUGAAGUUGCAUCCAGUGUUGGCUCCAGUCAAAGUUGCUGUAGACAUUGGAAGAGGACCAACUGUGGAGCUGAGACAGGUUUGUGAUGGUCUUCUGCAGGAGUUUCUAGAAGCUAACAUCUCUGCGUGGCCUGGAUACCGUGAAACUCUGUCGACAUCGAUGGAGCAGCUGAAUGCCAAGUAUGAUGAGAUGGGAGUUCUCUUCACUGUGGUGAUCAGUGAGAACACGCUGGAGAGCGGCCUCCUCCAGGUCCGCAGCAGAGACACAACCAUCAGGGAGACCAUGCACAUCUCAGAAAUCAAAAACUUCCUCUCCCGAUACAUUUCUGCCGCCAACAACUUCUGAAUUUGACCAUUCUCUAAGCAUUUUCUUCAGUACAGAGCUGUGAGUCAACUGUGAAACGUGUGUUUGUGGAUCUCAGAUGAGCUGCUUUUAAGACUGAAGAUGAAUAAGGUGCAUGCAGUCCAUGUUUGUCUUUGGUUUAUAAUAAGGAUGACUUGGGGAGUCUGAUCCAUCACACAUGCC